GGGCUGCGGAGUGGGGACGCCCCCGGAAAGCCGGCGGUUGUCGAGUUAGCUCCGUGUGGGGUGUCGGGGAGCGAGAGAACCGGCCCCCAGGCCCCAUUGGACGUGGAUCUUGGCCCUGUCCCCGGUCCCCUUCCGCCGCCAGCCUUGCUCUGCCUCCCCCUUGGCCCUGUCCGAGCUUGAUGGGGUUCCCCCCCUCCCAUUCCCAGGCUCGGAUGCAGCCCCACCGCCGUCCCCAGCGCCCCCUUCCGGAACGCCAGCUGUCCCCCUGCCUUGGGAGCCGUCCUGGGGCCGGCGGCAGCGCCCUCCUCCCACAGCCCUCCCCCUAUUCACACUCCUCUGGACCUGGAACCUGGAGAUCAGACUUUCUGGGUCUCGCCGCCCCCAGGUUGGCGAGGCCAGGCGAAGGCGCGAGGGGCCGUCGGAUUUUUAUUUGGGGGCUUCCGCCCCUGCCGCGGCCCCUCACUCGGCGGAGAGACGCGGGGAUCCGGGCCAGGGGCCGCGCCCUCCCCACCCCCGCACACGGCCCACAUCCACCAGCGCAUAAAGGGCUGUCCUAGAGGGGUGCUGGCCGAGCCCCUCUCCCAGCGCCGUAGACACUUGGAAGCUGCAGGUGGAUUUCAGGCAGGCAGGCGGAGGCAUUUGUUGGGGGUGUGGGGGGAGGCAUCCGCAGCCCUGUACAGUUGGCAGGACUUGGCCACAGGUUCUGGCUCAGAAACAGGCUGGGGACCGCCCCCGCCCAGCUGCCCCAGCCCUCGCAGCCAUCUGGGACAGCGCAGCCACCGGUCCCGGCUGCCGGCUUCCGGACGCCUGAGGGACCCCACAGUGGGCUUCCUCCCUGCCAAACUGCCUCUGAGAUUGGGGUGCUCCUUUGUAGCUGGGGGUUUCCUGGAUCCCCUCCCCCCUCGGGGCGCAUGAUCUGGGGGGCAGCCUGUUGCCAGGUCGAGGCAGAGUGAGGGUAGAACCCAGACUUCCAGUUCCUAGCUCAGAGAGACCCUGCUGGGAAGGCUGGGAGUCCUGGCCCGGCCAAGUUGGUUUGUCAGACCCGGGGCGGUUCUGAAGUUUUUCUCUGCCUGCCCAGGGACAGCUGGUUGUGCACACUCCUGGCCAGCUAGAGCCUGCGCACCCCCUCUUCUGGCUGCGGGGGUUCCCGAGACCGCCCCCCCUCCCCCACAGCGGGUGGGCAGUCACUGGGCCAAACUGUGGAAUGCCGUUGUGGGGGCGUGGGGGGUGGGGAAUGUGGCUCUUUAGCCUGGAACCCCAAAGACAGCAGGGCCCUGGCAUCUGGCCCAGUGGGUAAACAGCCGAGGGUUCUGCGCCUGACACUUUUUUAAGGCUCCCACCCGGGGAAGGCCAGGACCCGCCCGCCUGGUGGAGCAGCCUUCCAGCUUUCUGCCCCGUUUGUGGGUGGAAGGCGGUCUCUGGUGGCCUUCUGGGGAAUGACACCUCGGAGCCGCAGACCCAGAGGUGCGGGAAGUCUUAGAGACGGGCAGGAUUUAUGGGGAGGAGGGGGACUCCAUCCUGCCCCCUCUGUAGACGCCCGGGUCCGCUGACUCUGGAUAUUCAGAUCUGGGGCUGCCAGUGAGGAGAAGGGCCUCUUUGUAAGUGUGACCCAGCUUCUGCCAGACAGAGUCGAGCCCAGCGGGUCUGGAGCACUGGCUGGUCGCUGGGAGAGGCUGGCCCGGCCCACCCCCAGCUUCAGAGUGAGGACAAAGCCCUGCAUUGAGUCCCCUGCGCCCCGCUAAGGGUGGGCUUUCAGGCCGUGCACAGUGGGACAAAAGAGUGUGCUGUGCUCUCCUGGGGUCCGCCGAGCUUUUCAUUACUGUGUUUCCAAGUAGGUAACACCCGUAGCAAGACAUUCAGGCCAUACAGAGGGUCCGAGGGAGAAAUUCCCUCUCCCCCGUCUUCCCCUCAUCUCCUAAGGAUCCUUCUGGAGGUCGUCUGGGCACUCGCAAGGACUUGGGGACCUGGGCCCCUUAUUUGUAUGGAUGACAGCCUCCUGCCCACUGUUGCGUGCCCGGCUGCUUUCACUUGGAAGCCUGUCCUGGGGAACGUUCCGUAUUGGCACGUCGGGAUCUGCCCGGUCCUCUGUGCUCACCCCAGCUCGCUCCAGCGCGGACGUCACAUCCUUCAGCCGGCCCUGGGCACAGACGUGCGGCUGUUGCCGACGUUCUUGCUAAGCCAGAGGCAGUGCCAGAACCUCCCGGUUACUGCAGCGUGACUGGGGGGGGGGACCCGGGCCCUGGAGCAGGGGGGCCAGUGACAGGCGUGAACAUCACACAUUGAGCGUCGGCAGAUUUGCCCACCGGUCUUCUGAAGUUUGUGCCCAGGUGCUCGGGUUUCUACCUCCAGCAACAAAGUCCUCGUGGCCCCCAACCACACAGCAUCUCGGGGGAUCGCGUGAUCUUUGACAGACGGGAGUGGCUGAGCAGAUUUGGCUACCUGCCCCCAGCCGACCCCACAACAGGCCAGCUGCAGACACAGGAGGAGCUGUCCAAGGCCAUCGCCGCCAUGCAGCGGUUCGGGGGCCUGGAGACCACCGGCAUCCUAGACGAGGCCACCCUGGCGCUGAUGAAAACCCCUCGGUGUUCCCUCCCCGACCUCCCAGCUGCGGCCCCGGCCCGAAGGAGGCGCCAGGCUCCGGCUCCCGCCACGUGGAACAGGAGGAGCCUGUCGUGGAGGGUCCGCACGUUCCCGCGGGACUCGCCCCUGGGCCGGGACACCGUGCGCGCGCUCAUGCACUACGCCCUCAAAGUCUGGAGCGACAUCACACCCCUCAACUUCCACGAGGUGGCGGGCAGUGCCGCGGACAUCCAGAUCGACUUCUCCAAGGCUGACCACAACGACGCCUACCCCUUCGACGGCCCGGGCGGCGCGGUGGCCCACGCCUUCCUCCCCGGCGACCAGCUCUCCGCGGGGGACACCCACUUCGAUGACGAUGAGUCCUGGGCCUUCCGCUCCCCAGACACCCACGAUAUGGACCUGUUCGCGGUGGCCGUCCACGAGUUUGGCCACGCCAUUGGGCUGAGCCACGUGGCGGCCACGAGCUCCAUCAUGCAGCCGUACUACCAGGGCCCCGUGGGCGACCCUCUACACUACAGGCUCCCCUACGAGGACAGGGUGCGCAUCUGGCAGCUGUACGGCGUGCGGGAGUCCGUGUCCCCCACGGCACAGCCGGACACCCCAGAGCCCGAGGAGCCUCCCCUCCCGCCAGAGCCCCCCAACAACCGGUCCGGCACCCCACCCAGGAAGGACGUGCCUCUCCGCUGCAGCACUGACUUUGACGCGGUGGCCCAGAUCCGCGGCGAGGCCUUUUUCUUCAAAGGCAGGUACUUCUGGCGGCUGACCCGGGACGGGCACCUGGUGUCGCUGCAGCCCGCACAGAUGCACCGCUUCUGGCGGGGCCUCCCGCUGCACCUGGACGGCGUGGACGCCGUGUUCGAGCGCACCAGCGACCACAAGAUCGUCUUCUUCAAAGGAGACAGAUACUGGGUAUUUAAGGACAAUAACGUAGAGGAAGGAUACCCGCGGCCCGUCUCAGACUUCGGCCUCCCGCCGGGCGGCGUCGACGCUGCCUUCUCCUGGGCCCACAAUGACAAGACUUAUUUCUUUAAGGACCAGCUGUACUGGCGCUUCGAUGAGCACACACGGCGCAUGGACCCCGGCCACCCCGCCCGGAGCCCCCCGUGGAGGGGCAUCCCCAGCACGCUCGACGACGCCAUGCGCUGGUCCGACGGUGCUGCCUACUUCUUCCGUGGCAAGGAGUACUGGAAGGUGCUGGAAGGCGAGCUGGAGGCGGCAGCCGGGUACCCGCGGUCCACAGCGCAGGACUGGCUGGUCUGCACAGACCCACAGGCAGACCCGGAGGGCGAGGACGGAGAGGCCGGGGCCCACGCCCGGCCAGGACAGCGCGGCCAGAGCCGCUCAGAGGACGGCUUCGAGGUCUGCUCCUGCACCUCCCCCGCCUCCCCUCCCCCGGGGGCUUCGGGCCCACUGCUGGCGGCCACGCUCCUGCUGCCCCUGAUUGCUCUGUGGUCGACGGCCCCCGGCACUCUGACAGCCGCCGGCCUGUGGUGACAGGGCCGAUGGGUCGCAGUGGGCCUCAGGGCAAGGACCAGCGCCCCCACCCCUGCAGUGCCCGGACCGAGAGUUCCUCAGUGGCCCCGGCCCUGCAGAUCCGAACGCACUGCCGGCCCUGAGCAGCGGCCUGGCCGUGCCCCUGCGGACUGGCAGGAGGCCAGCAGAGGGCGCCACCCCCGGGCGGCUCAGCCGCAGAAGAGCAGAAAAGCAACCUACCACCUGUCCUUCCUUUUCUGCCACGAAGUGGCCUGACUGCCAUCUGUGAGUUGGGGACACUCUGUCAAGGCCGGGCUGGGGACAGGAAGCGUCCCUGCGGCGAGCAGGCAGCUGGAUCGCACAGAACUCAGCUGAUGAGCCAGGGGACGCAGGGCUGGGGACGGGAGGGCAUUCGGUGGCCACGCUGCCCCCAGCCCUACCGGCCAGCACCACCAGCCCCGUCUGUCGUCCAUACUGCUGCCCCUGGUGCUCCCGCUCAUGGGGGCUUUUGUCCCCAGUCCCUGCGGGCCUGCAGCUGCCUGCACAGGGAAGCAGAGGAGUCCCCCAAGCUGGGGUCUCUUGAUGCAUUUCAAACAAACACGACCUUUCCCUGCUCCGUAAGCUCAGCUUCAGCUCCCUGGUGCACUGCAGGCAAGAGCCGCGGGGUGGGGGUCCUCUGGGGCCUGGAGGGGCCGUGCGGCCCUGGCCCCAGGCGCAACCGCACUUGGGAGGGGCGGGGGCUUCCAGGAAGGCCCGUGUGGCGCUCGCUCCCUCCCCUGGAGAUCCCCGACACCUUCCCGUCCAGCGCCCCCCGACCCUCCUGUCCCUCGGUCCUUAUACCCAUUUCACAGAUGGGGGAGCUGAGGCCCAGCGGGGGAAAUGAGCCUGCUGCCAGCAGGCAGGGCCGGGGCAGGUCUUAGGACCGAGGCUCUGGCACGUUUGCCUGGGGCUCACCGACUGGGGCUCACCGACGGAGCCCCUCCCUGCAUGCACGCACUGCUCAGAGCGGACGUGCAGAACGCGCCAGCACCCAUUCUCGGUGAGGCAUCCGGGAUGCCAGCUGCCAAAACCAGGGAGCCUCCCAACAGGAAGUGCAAGGAGGCGGUUGGGCGCCGGUCCAGGGACGGCCCUCCCGCCCAGAGAGCCAGCGACUGGGAGCUGUGCGGCCCAGCCAGGAGAGACCGCCUUUCCCACGGCCUAGCCUGCUCCCUACGCCUGUGGCCUAGCCCCCUCCCCCCGCGGCCUAGCCCCCACCCUGUGACCUAGCCUCCCCCCCCCCGCGGCCUAGCCACCCCUCCUUGUGGCCUACCCCCACCCCGCAACCUAGCCCCCCGCCACGGCCUAGCCACCCCUUCCCUGUGGCCUACACCCCCACCCCAGCGGCCUAGCCCCCCCUGCCCCGCAGCCUAGCUGCCCCUCCCCCGCCCCGCGGCCUAGCCCCCUGCGGCCCUUUCCUUCCUAAUGGAAGCCACUGUCGCCCCAGGUGUUAGGCCCUGUGCAGGGAGCGGAGGUCCCUCUGGUCUCAGGGUUCUCACUGGCCCUGAAGCCGGUGCCCGGAGGGCCUACCGGGCCCUGGUUACAGCAAGUGCUUCCUACACAGCGUCACCUGGGCCUAGUGGAAAUGCAGAUUCCCGGCCCCACUCCUAUGAUCAGAUCACUGUGGGGCGGGGGGGGGAGGGGGGGGAGGAGUAUUAACCCCCCACCCCUGUAAGUGAGACAUGGCUUUCCUGGGGGCCCAGAAAGGCUGCCCGGAGUAGGAGGGGCAGAAACAAGGGGGGAGCUGGUUGUACAGCCAGAGGGAAGAGGCAGGCCAGGGCGGGAGCAGCGGGUGUGAAUGUCAGGUGGCGGGCGUGGGGGGAGCCCAGGAGGACAGGGCCGCCCACGGGGAAUUCCCUCUGAGCAAAACCCCACACACUGGCUCUAGGGAGGGGCACAGAUGUCUGCACGUCUCAGGAGAGCACAGGCUCCUCCGGCCCCGCACCUGCACCCCUGCCCAACACCCAGCAGAAGAGGCAGGUGGGGAGCCCGCCAGGACGCGGAUGCGGGGAUGCGCGGGUGCACUGCCCGCCCCCCCCACCGGGCCACAUGGGGCUGCGUCCCCAUCCAUGUGUGUGCCAGCUGGUCCUCAGAGCUGGGAGGGGCUCUGCCGGUCCUUCCGGUGGGAACAAGCUGCCUCCUGCUCACCGAGGAUGCCCCUCCAGGGGCCCCCCUUCGUGGGCCGGCAGCUCUGGGGGCACCUGCCCCAGGCCCCCCAGGUGCACGGCAGCCUGGACCAGGUCCACGAGGCUCUCAGUGCGGGCGGUGGUCUUACUGCUGUGUUGAAGCCAAACGCUCUUUCCAAAAACUUUCCCGCCGGUUCUGCGUCCCGCGAACGCAGCAGCAGCAGCAGGGGUCCCGGGAGAUCCUGCCCGCACAGUCUCUGCGUCUUAGGGGAAUCACCAUUCAGACAUCCGGAGGCUUGUGUUGAAUUCUGGAUUCUCAGCCAGUCUGUGUUUUUACCGCGGGCUGUGUCGGUCCUGCCUGGAGAACUGCCCCCCGCCCCAGGCGACCAGCAGCCGUGUGACAGACCCAGAGACCCCUCAGGAAAGGUCAGGGCACUGGCGGCCCAGGUGAGGACGGCCGCGCUCACGGCACAUUCCAGGCCCAGGUGCCGGCUGGCGUCCGCGUGACGACCACGUGAGCAUGGGCGACAAGUUUACAAAACACACCUACAGGGGUGACUUCAGGGGCCAGGACACAGCCGCUCCGGCUCCCACCUUGCGAUGGGGGAAACUGAGGCACGGGCUUAGCUCGGGCUCUGUGGCCAGCACCGCAGACGGGCCCGACCGCGCUGCAAAGGCUGGAGGUCUGCGGCCAGGUGCCGGCGAGACGGCGGGUCCCUGCGGUGUGCCCAUGCGGGAAAGAGCGAGUCCUGGUCCCACGGGGGCCCCACCUCUGUGACCUCGCGUCCACUCUAACCACCCAGAUGCCAUCCCGCUGGGGGCGGGGCUUCCCACGAGGACCCCGGCGUUCAGUGCAAACACACAGGAGCGUGGGCCACAGGCCAGACUCAGACCUCAGCUGCACCUUGCCCUCUCCGCCCACUUUCCUGGGAGCAGGUUGGGGGCUUAGGGAGCUCUGGGGGGCUCGUCACCCCAAGGAGUAAUCACAAUGUAUCGUUCUGGCCCCGUUUCGCACUUUACAAAUACAAACACAAACUCA